AAAAUCCACCAUCCCUAUUAGGCCUUUGAUUGUCCAGUCCACUCCUACGGGCAAAGUCAAUUCUUUUGUUCACGUUGCUACAUUAUUCCAGAAUUAUCAGGUUGCUCAGUUCUACCAGGAGACCCAUCCUAGCAGCCAACUUCAUGAGCGGAUCUGCCGUCGCUUCACGUGGUGGAAGAGUGCGGACUGCCUGCGAUCUAUGUCGGCAUCGGAGGAUUGGCUGUGACAGAGCGAAACCAGCCUGUGAAACGUGUUCCCUUGCAGGGGUGCCUUGCACUUUCACUCCGACAGCGCAGCAACGGAAAAGUGUCCGCGAAGAGCUGGCCGAUGCGAAAGCUAGAGUACGACAUUUGGAAGAAGCAUUGAAGGCUGAGAGAGAGAACCGCCUGAAUUCGGACCAAUAUACGCCUCCCAAAGCUCUUUCAAGCGGGAGCAGUCCUCUUGAGGUCCCUCACCAGUUACUCAGUUCGUGGUCGGCCACCACUUAUUUGCUUGAAUCAUACAGCUUCGAUGCAGCGCUAUCAAACUUUCGGUGGCAUCUGGGGUUCUGUGGUCCCCGCGCCGCUCCUUUUGCUCUGACACCAAGCUUCUCCUCCACCGUUUACGAACGGACGGGGUUCGUUCUCAAUAUUGAGGAUUUCUUAAAUCAACUAGCCCAAUCAUUCAAACUGCAGUAUCCAACACAUUCCACGAGGACCAUCGUUCCGAAAUGGCCUCCGCAGUCUCUGAUACAGCGUUCAAUAGAGUACUUUUCGAAAAACAGACUCUAUUCCAUUUUCCCAGCUGUCGACUUGGAAAAUACCCCCAUCCAUCUCGAUCCAAAAGCGCUUGGCAAUCCCGACAGCACAACCAGUCCUGCCAACUACGCCUGUCUGGUUGCUCUAACGGCUCUGGUUACCCGAAUCCGCGGGGACGACAUGGCUUUUGCUGAUGCCGACCCUGAUGCGUACGUGCAAGCAGUGCUGACUUUGUUACCCGAAUUGAUCAUAGACAAUGCCAACUUACGAAGCCUUGAAGCUCUCAUUUUGUUAGCGCUAUAUAUUGCUCCCCUUGGUCAACCGCGGCCGGCAGGAAUCUUACUUGCUAUGGCUACACGGAUGCUGUAUAAUAUGGGAGCAAACCGAAACAGGGCACCCCCUGAUGAGACGUUAGAGCAGAGUCAGCACCGCCAACAUGUGCGGGCUCUGUUUUGGCUGUGCUACGCCAUCGACAAAGAAAUGUCGCUUCGAGAAUGCAAGACUCCUUUGAUCAACGAUGCUGACUGUGACCUGUAUCUGCCGGCCGCUUAUGUAUCGACUUCCUCUGAUCGGUCGUUCUUUCCAGAACCUUUAUCAACGAAAGAGCUUCUCUUCCCAUCAGACCUUCGUCUUGCCCUAAUAAAAUCCAAAAUACAACAUUUGCUGUACUCUGAUCAUGGUAUAGCCCAGCCUGAAGCGAGGCGGAUUCAAUACAUACGUGAAUUGGAUCAGGAGCUGAGCGACAUCAAAUCGAACUUUCCGGUAACGUGUCAACCGGAAGACGUCUUGGACCGAAGCGUGCCCGACUCCUUGCUUCACGAUCUUAGUCUACGGGGUGUGAACAUACAUCUGGAGUACUACUAUUGUCUAGCAAAAAUUCAUGGAGCAAGCAAUAACGGAAGUAUACCAUCACCUCAGAGCUGGUCCCUAUUACCGUCUAGUAUGGAGAUUUGCCACCAGUCAGCACGGUCCACUCUACUCUAUCUCAGUCGAGUGCGCCAUCUUAUACUACCCGAAACGUUCUGGAUCUACGCUCAAUUUCUGUUUACUGCAGUAGUCUCUCUCUUUUGGCAACUGAUUACCACCGCUCCUCCCGCGUCAACUUCCGAGGAAGACCUGCAGAUCAUAGAGGAGACCGCAGGUAUAUUCACUGAACGCAAUCGAGAUAACCAAGAGGCGAGUUGCUUUCCUCCGUUCUAUCUCACUGAACCUUUCAUCCAAAGAUUGGUCUUCUUAGCAAGACAGUCACUAUACAGGGCUGCAAAUCAGUGAUCAUACACCUAUCGAGUUUCAGUGCGAAAAACAUGCACAUGACACGAUGAUAGCUUGACGAUUACUUCUGAGUAACAAUCAACCCUAAGCUAUCGUGUCCCACAUGGACUGAACGAAACAGGUAUAAGAGAAGCCUCGAAUGUUCUAGCCCUGUGUAAUUCAUGAUCCAUGGCUGUGCGUGUGCCAAAUCAAAUCGUACGGUGGCAAUGUCAAAUUGUCCACAAACAGAUGGAGGAAGUAAAGAUCAGAAAAUCAUCGACAGAUGGUUAAGAUGAGUUUGGACUCUCAUUUCUCUAACAUAACAGCAAAUUGCUGUGCACUGCAAUGGGCUGGUGGAAACUCAUCCACGGUGCCGAGCAUAAGCCAGUUUCCAUCUCCAGGGUUGUGGAACUGAAGCUUAUCAUGGAACGGCCGUAGCGCCGCGACCUACAUUAAACCAUGCAUCUUGCAUCCAAUUGUUAAACUUACUGGCCGGGUUUUUCUGUCUCUUCAUAAUAUCCUAUACCGCCCAGUAGACAUGUGAUAUACAAAUGAAUCAGACCUUG